AUGUUGCAGGUCAUAGAUGCACGUGAUGCGUGUCUGUCCGGAUCGUCUGGUGUCACCUUGAAGAUGUGGAUUGACCGCCGAAUCGGCGGCGAGAUUGCGGCAUGGCGCAAGAACGGAAGGGGUGAUGUGUUCAUCGGUCUGCGGGAAGUUUGGGGAGACGAAGCUACUGUACUCGCCUCAGUCAAGGGCACGGCAAGCUUUGGCUUGACUGAGCUCCGCAAGGCUGCGAACCGCGAAGAGGCUGGGACAGAUCACGGCGGCGAAGUUGGGACAGCAUUGCAGCGCUCUCUAUCGACUCUAUCGCAUCGCCUGACUCCUGACCAGGAUGACAUCGGCUACACCUUGCCUCCGGACAAUCACGCCUACGGGCGCGCCUGCCCUCGGGAUCCACAAGGUGCCAGGGAGGUGCUGAGCGCAUGGGUGCCUCAUCACCCAACGGCGGCCCCACAAGACCUGGCACAGGAUUUCCGUGCAAUCAACAAGAGCGCUGCGAAGAAGGGUGUCCGGACCGUGAAGCAAAUGACUGCCUUUCGCAAAGCUGUCGACAUCAGGCUGCACCCGCGGGCCGUUGAAGGUGCCAGACGGGUCGCGGCUCGAGAUGCUGUGGAUACAAGCGCUACUUAUGGGCGGGCCAAUCUUCCGUCAACACCGAUGCAAGACGUGCUGAAAGGUGCCUUUGCCUCCGAGUUUCAAUCGGAGCUGAGCGCACGUUACGAAGCCUAUGCCGAAAUCAAUGCUUUAGAUGCUCCAAACGGGAAGCACCGGAUACGCACGACGAAGGCGCAGAGUCUUCGCGUUCACAGCGCCCGUCAGAAGACGGUGGAUCCCAAGCCCCUGCGGCCGGUGAGGGACCCCUUCAAGCUCGUCUCCAACCGCACGCAGCUGCAGCCUCUCACUGCUCGGGAGGCGCGACGUUCCGAUGCGGAGCAGAUCGAGGCCGAGGCCGAGCCGCUCGGCCCCUAG